AGCGGUCGCAACAAGAACGGCCGCGGCCACGUCAAGCCCGUGCGCUGCUCCAACUGCGCGCGCUGCACCCCCAAGGACAAGGCCAUCAAGAGAUUCACCAUCCGCAACAUGGUUGAGUCCGCUGCCAUCCGUGAUAUCUCCGACGCCUCCGUCUUCACUGACUACGCCGUCCCCAAGAUGUACCUCAAGCUGCAGUACUGUGUCUCCUGCGCUAUCCACGGCAAGAUCGUCCGUGUCCGCUCCCGGGAAGGUCGUCGCAACCGUGCCCCUCCUCCUCGCAUCAGGUACAACAAGGACGGCAAGAAGCUGAGCCCUCCUCAGGCUGCUAAGGCCAACUAA